ACUUCAGAGUACACUGCCUCUCCUUCUCCACACCAACUUCAUAGCUUUCAAGGUUCUUUUUUUUUUUCUUUUUUUUUUUCUUUUGGCCGAAACACCUUACUAGCACAAAUGAAAAUUUUGGUUUCAUCUCAGAAACUGCCCAAGUAUUCUACUUCUGCCCGUGAAAAGCUUACCUUACCACAAUAUGUAGUUGGGAACAUACCUAAUCUUUUUCCUCCAGAACUGCAAAAUGCAGGAAAGGCAGAAUUGAUUAUGUUUUUGGAGGGUCCUAAUGAGGGUAGUCUGCAGUUUGUGGUAACCGCAUCGCUUCAAAAACUUAGGAAAAAGGGGCGAAAUGUUGUGAGAGUGGUUCUCUUGGAGAGUGGGUGGAAGCCUAUUGUUAGGGAGCUUCAACUGAAAAAAGGAGACACGGUGAGUAUUUUUCUCUUAAAUAACACGGCGUGGACUUAUUUAAUGGCAGUGGAAAGGGCUCCAGAGGCCGACCGAGUUGAUGAGGAUGUAGUACCGGAAGAGGCUCCAAUAAGAAUGGAGUUUGAUCUGAACGAGCCUAUCCAACUCGACAUGGAGAUCAAUCUGAACCAAUUGAAUGAACCGGUAAGGAUGGAGUUCGACCUCAACGAACCGGCCCACCCCCCACAUGGAGAUCAAUCUCAACGAUGAAGAGUAAAGGAUGGGAGCAGGAGAGCGGAUUGGUAUGUUAUAUAUAUACUGAAUUACUGAUAUGUUAAUGGUUAACUGUUAUUUUUAUGAUUUUUGUAUAAAGAAUAUCCCUCUUCUUCUUGUAAUUCAUUUUCACCUGUUUUAAGAUUUAAAUUUGAGAUCGAGUUUUAAACUCAAUCUUACCAAUGCACGAAUGUGAGUUCGUUCAAUUUCUUUUCUUGUCAUCCUUUGUAAGGUGCUUUUUUUUUUUUUCCAGGUUCCUUGUUGGACAGCUUUAAAGAUUUACUUAAACGACCGCUCCACAGAAGUAGGAGAAGUGUUGUUUUCUUGUAGCAUGUACUAGGAUUGGUUGCUUCUUUUUUCUUUUUUCUUUUUUCUUUUUUUUUAAUGUUUGGGAUUGGUUGCUUUUUUUGGUUUUUAUGUUUGUUUGUAUAUGGAAUGUAGAAUUUAUUUUA